AUGUCAAACAGCUCCAAGAGGAGCUCCCUCGUCGCCCACGUCGAGGAUGCCGCCGACGAAGACGCCGUCGAAGGCAUCUCGAGCACCCGCAAGUACGCCAUGUCCGAGGCCCCGGCCAAGGAGCGCCCCAACACGAGCAAGUCACGCGCCGACAGGAGCCACGCCCUCUCUAGGUCCACGUCGUCGUCUGCUGGCGCCGGCCUCACAGACUCCGACUCGACGGCCCGCUCCUCGGAGAAGAGGAGCAAGGAAGCCGUGCGUCCGCCGCGGAGGGAGCCCUCCGACACGAGCCAGCGCGACCCGAAGCGACGCGAGCGGAGGCCCAGGGAAGACGAGGCUCGUCCGCGCCGCGCCAGAAACGAAAACUCCAGGCCGCCCCCCUCCAAGCACUCCCUCUCGAUGCCAGUCGUCCAGCAGCAGCCUGGUGGCUACGUGAGGGGCCGUGUCGAGCACCCGGCCUUUUACGGCGUCAGGCAGCCGGCUGCCUCGGGCACUCGGCCCCGAGCCCAGACACGGCCCGUCAGCUACUACGCCGGCCAGCCACCUGGGCCGCCCAUGGUGGGACCGGGUUGGCCUCCAGGUGGGCCCAACCCCGGAGGCCCGUUUCCCGUCGGCAGCUUCCCGCCCCCACCCCUGUGGUCCGGCGCCGGCCCCCCAACCCCCGGCUUUGGCCCUCCUCCGCCAUCGCCUGUCGGGCAGCCGCCCCCUGGCUACCUGGAUUCGUCUGCCCUGGGCUCGAGCCCCCACAGCCGCCUGAAGCACCGAUUCGAGUCCCGGCUCGAGUCCCGGCCCUCGUCUGCCCUGGGCUUCCGCGGUCCCCCCGCCCACGACUCCCGCCAGGACGACUUCUCGGACGAGCCGCCCCCCCGCGUCUCACGUCGGCUCUCACGCACCAAACGGGCCGACCAAGACGCCAUGCGCAUGCCGCCCCCGAGCUACAUCCCCAAGAGGCCCCAGUCGGCGCUGCCCCCCACCACGUCCUUCCGGCCGCCACCGAUCCAACGCCCGCCGUCCCGCCAGAACCAGUCGCGCCCGCCGCCCCUGCAACGGAGGUCGGCCGGGUACGAAGACGUCACGUACGACGACUCGUCCUCCGAGGCCUCCCUGGGCGACGACCCAGACCAGGGCUUGUUCCACGACAUAUCUCCCAAUGCGUCGUACGACCAACGGCGGGCUGUCGUCUCCCGCCAGAGGCGGGCAUCUGUCGUGUACGAGCAGCCCGACUACGACCUUGUCCCGGCCGCCGGACGUGCCCGGCGGGCUUCCAUGUACGGCCCCGGCCCUGGGGGCGUGAGCCUCGGGGACAGCAAGCUCAACGCCGCCCUCAAGUAUCAGGACGACGUCAACGGGGGCUCCCAGGUGCCCCUGACGGCCGAGACGCUGCGCAAGGUGAUGAGGCGCGGCGGCGUGCCCAGCAGCCAAUCCACGCGCAGCAGCGGAAGCCGAGACGACAGCGAGUACCGGCGCAGCAACACGACGGGCAUCACGCGGUCCUCGUACGGAAACGACGAGUUCACCAUCAAGGUGCCCGGCAACUCGGUCGUCCGGCUGCAGGGGGGGGCCGAGAUUGAGUGCAGCAACGAGGGGGGCGAGAUCACCUGGUCAAGCCGCGCGGCGGGCUCGCGCGCAGGCAGCGACAGAGCCAGCACCGUCUUCCCACAACUCGAGGACUCGCGGCGAAUCGGCGACGGGCGCCACCACGAAGACCCGCGCCGACUCGAAGACCCACCCAUGCGCAUGGAGCGCAAGGCCCUACCGCACCGCCCGCGCGCCCCGAGCCAGGCAGACUCGCAGAGCCGCGGGUAUGCGCCGACCUAUGCGCCUUACGAACCGGCCUUUGCCGGCGGAAACUACUUUUGA